UAACCCUUUGAGAUCCUUCGUCUCCGCCGGCAAACGGGGUUGAAGAAAACGAAGGAGCUUCUCCGCUGGAAUUAGGGUUAGGGUUUGGGACAGCGCUAGGUUUUCGUUCUCCUUCACUAUGCCGUCUGGCUACGGCACGAUACCCACCUCGUCGUCGCCGGGAAGCUCCGGAUCUCGCGCCAUUGAUGUCUUCUCCCGCGCCAGGGACCGUGGCCAGGCCCUCAUGUCGACCAGGCGGCCAUGGCGUGAGCUCUUCGAUCCUAAGGCCUUCGCAAGGCCCUAUAGCUAUGGCGAAGCCAUGGCACGGGUCCGGCGCAACCUUGCCUACUUUCGCGUGAACUACGCCCUCGUCGUGCUCCUCAUCGUCUUCGUCGGGCUUCUAUGGCACCCAGUGUCCAUGAUCGUUUUCCUGGCUGUGUUCAUCGCAUGGUUCUUCCUCUUUUUCUUCCGCAACGAACCGGUGACGGUCUUCGGCCGGGAGGUCGAUGAUCGGAUCGUGCUCGCUGUGCUCUCGGUGGUCACUAUCGUUGCCUUGGUGUUGACUGAUGUGGGCUUGAAUGUGCUUGUUUCGUUGGUCAUCGCCGCCGUGCUGAUUGGGUUGCACGCUGCGUUUAGGAUGACGGAGGAUCUGCUUCUGGAGGACCAGGAUGGCGCUGGCGCGGGUUUGCUCUCUUUCGUCGGGAGCUCCGCGGUGUGAUUCAUGAAAAAUGAGACUUUUUUGUUGAUUUUUUUUUUACUGACUUGUUUUGCUGGCAAGCCUUGUGAAGCACUUCCCUUUUUGGAGGUGGUGCUUUCUGAGAUUCGCUGGAGGCCAUUGGAUGAGGAGGAGGAGGAGGAGGAGGAGGAGCUUGGUGGUGGUGUCAUGAUAAUGGAAUAAGGUUUUGGAUUCUCAACCCUUUGCUUCUUUGUUGAUGUUUUUUCCUUUUCUCUUUGGUUUCUUUGUUGUGUAUUGUGUGUAUAGCUUAUGGUGAAUUAGUUGGUGGUGUGUUGAGUAUCCCGGAGAAUGGGUUCUUGUUGAAUUCUUAUUGUUUAGCUGUUGCCAUUUAUUUUUUAAUGGAUGAAAAUACAUGGAAUGAAUUUUGUUGUUUGUAGAGGACUUGUUUUGGUGAUUUGUGAGUGGUUGUACUUCAAUUUUUUGUUUAUAAAUGUUAAUUUGGCAUUGCUUGGAA